CCCACAAAUCCCAUCCUACCUAUUCUCUUCAUUCUAAACGGCGUAACGGGGCUCCUGCUUGAAACGCCGUUACUUUUCUCCACCCCGUUAAGUCACGUGGCUUGCCACAAAUUUUGAGUCGGCUUCAAUUCAUGGAAUUAGAGCAGUUAAGCCUCGCUCCAAAUCCCGUUGACGCCGACAUUGACAGCCCUACUAACGGCAAGUCGACGCCGGCCACCGACGGCGGAGAUGACGGAAGUAAGGCCCCGAGACUCCCACGCUGGACGCGGCAUGAAAUUUUGGUCCUCAUAAAGGGCAAACGAGUGGCCGAGAACCGGGUCCGGAGAGGCCGUACCCCGGGUAUGGGGCUCCGGUCGGGCGUCGUGGAGCCCAAGUGGGCAUCGGUCUCCUCGUACUGUAAGCAGUAUGGGGUCAACCGGGGUCCGGUGCAGUGCCGGAAGAGGUGGAGCAAUUUGGCCGGUGACUUCAAGAAGAUUAAGGAGUGGGAGUCUCGCAUAAGAGAUGAAAUGGAGUCGUAUUGGGUGAUGAGGAACGAUUUGAGAAGAGAAAGGAGGCUCCCAGGGUUUUUCGACAGGGAGGUUUACGAUAUUUUAGACGGAACGUCGGCAGGAGGCCCCACGGGGCUCGCGUUGUCUUUGGCACCGUCACGAGUCGGGGCUUCCGGUGACGUGGACGAGCCGGAUGCAGAGGAGGAACCCGUCUUUGAUAGCGGGAGGAGCGCCGCCGCAGAGGACGGCCUAUUUUCCGACUUUGAACAUGACGAUGCAGGAGUCACCCCGGAAAUGCAGACACUGCCAAAGGAUGUUCCACCUAUUACCAUUGCGGUGUCAGCUCCUGGAUCGGCGACUCCGGCGCCGAUUUCUGAGCAGCAGUACCAACCACAUCUAUCACCACCACCAGGGUUUCAAGCUCCGGGUGCAACCAAUAUGAAACAACCAGCCUCGAACCCGGAGAUGGGAUCUACUUCUCAGGAGAGACGGAAGAGGAGACACGUCGUGACAGAUGUGGACGAGGAAACAACUAAUCUGCAGAAUCAGUUGAUUGAUGUCUUGGAAAGGAACGGUAAAAUGUUGAGUGCACAACUUGAAGUUCAGAAUACCAAUUUCCAGUUGGAUCGAGAGCAGCGCAAAGUCUACGCUGAUGGCCUAGUUGUUGUUCUUAACAAGCUUGCAGAUGCCCUAGGAAGAAUUGCAGAUAAAUUAUAGAGAAGUGAAAUCAGAUAUAGGAAAAGUUCUUUCCAAGCCCUAUAGAUGAUAGUGGAGGCUGAAGAAUUGCCAGAUUGAAUUACUUCCAGUACGGGAUUCUGUUUUGCAUUUGAUUUUCCUCUAUCAUUUUACCCUCUCUGCUCUUUAUAUCUUUUUUUUUUUUCAUACACAGAUAAUAAGUUUAGAGGUAUUAGCAUUACAUUUCAUACCAAUUUUCUGCAAUUAUUCUUAGAAUCAUCAGGUUUAUAUAGAUAGUUAUCUUUCUCCCAUCAAUUCUAGUGGUUGUAAAAAGUACAAUGCAUUGAUUGUGUUAAUACUACAAUGCAUAUUUCAUAUUUGACUGGAAAGAAAGCAAGUUUUUAUUUUC